AUGGGUCAGACUUUUGAGUCAAAGGCUCCGGUUAUGGUUCCCAAAGAAAAACCCUUCGUCGGUGUGGGCUACCGCGAAGUAUGCCGUGCCCUAAAGUCUUGGGUACCCAUUUGGAAAACCAUCUUUCCAAUCUGUCUAGUCCUUCUUCUCAAUCCCGAAUAUUCCCAGGUGCCUCCUGCUUACGAGCCCCGUCGCAUAUCACCACCAGAGCGGGGUGUUCCGUGA